CUCCGUCCGAUCAAAUCACGGGUGCCCCGUUCUCGUACUCGAAGUCGAUACUUUCCCAUCCCUCGCCGACUCGCCUUCCGCCGCGCCUCCCCCGCCUCGCACGCCGCCGUCGACGCAAAGCCGCGCGCUAGACCUCGAUCCUGCGGCCGGGGCGAUGAAGCUCGUCCACCGCGACCUUGUCCGCAACGGCCCCGGAUCCGUCAAGUUGGUGCCGGAGGAGGAGGACGACCUGUGGCACGCGUACAACCUCAUUGCUAUCGGGGACAAUCUCCAAGCGGUCACUGUUCGGAAAGUGUUGAGAGAGAUGGCAUCUGGAGGGCGUGAUGCUGAGCGUGUGAAGCUUAAGUUGGAAAUCGUAGUAGAGUCUGUAGACUAUGACAAAGAGGGAUCUGUCUUACGUGUGCGUGGAAAAAAUAUCACUGAGAAUGAUCAUGUGAAGAUUGGCCAGUUCCAUACUUUAGAGCUCGAGCUGAAGAGACCUUUUGUUCUACGAAAGGAAAUUUGGGAUUGGUUAGCCCUUGAAACCAUCCAGCAAGCAUGUGAUCCUUCUGCAAGUGCUGAUCUAGCAGUUAUUCUAAUGCAAGAAGGACUUGCCCACUUAUUCCUCAUUGGCAAAAGCAUAACAGCGACCAGGGCACGUAUUGAAACAUCAAUUCCUCGGAAGCACGGCCCUGCAAUUGCUGGCUAUGAGUCGGCCCUCAAGAAGUUCUUUGAGCAUGUUUUGCAAGCUUUGCUGAAACACAUUGAUUUUGAAGUAGUCCAGUGUGUUGUAAUUGCAAGCCCAGGUUUUACAAAGGAUCAAUUCCGUGAUUAUAUGUUUCUUGAAGCUGCACGACGAGAUUUAAGGGUAAUAAUUGAGAACAAACAACGCCUUGUUCUGGCACAUGCCACAUCAGGUUACAAGCAUAGUUUGAAGGAAGUUUUGGAUACCCCAGGCAUCAUGGCACUGAUAAAAGAUACAAAAGCAGCACAAGAGGUCCGAGCUUUGCAGGAUUUCUUCAAUAUGCUUACUAAUGAUUCAGCUCGUGCUUGUUAUGGACCAAAGCAUGUUGAGAUUGCACAAGACCGUCUUGCUAUUCAGACUCUUUUAAUAACUGAUACUUUGUUUCGGAACGCCGAUAUAGCUACGAGGCAAAAGUAUGUGAAGUUGGUUGAAGGAGUCAAGAAAUAUGGUGGUACAGUGCACAUAUUUUCUUCAAUGCAUGUCUCCGGCGAUCAGUUAGCGCAGUUGACAGGGAUAGCAGCUAUACUUCGUUUUCCCCUGCCUGACCUAGAAGACAUCGAGAUGUGAUCAUACCAACCCCUCUGCAGCUGUUUAACAUUUUUUUGGUGGUGGUCUGUUUGCUUAUAACCGACAUCAUGUGUAACUUUAUGCAGCUGAUUUGAUAUAGUCAUAUAGGUAAUCCUGGAAAGAGAUUCACCUACUUUUUAAGAUAUCCAAGUUGUAAAUGGUUUGUUGUGCCAUAUUUGUUAAUUCUUUUCUCGAUAAA